AUGGCAAGCGAUCCCGACCGUGGCCUCUCUGGCUGGGGCAUCUUCUUUCUCGUCGCUUUUGUCUUCAUCGUCAUAGGCGGAUGUGCAUGGAUAGUUUUCACACAAUACCGCGCCCGACGAUUGGGUCUUCCUGCUCCCUCGCUCAACCCCUUCACACGUGGCCGCCGACAACAAAACUCGUAUCAAGCUCCCUCAGCAGCAUCUGGUGGCAUUGGCGGCUGGAUCAAAGACAAGGUCGGCGCAUUGAAGAGCAGUGUCGGUGGAGGUAGAUCAUCCGGAGGCGCAUACGAGCCCAGCGGUGGUUACGGAAGAGGUGGUCACCGUGGUUUCGGCCCUCUGGAUCCUGAUGAAGCCUGGGACACGCGUGUCGGUAACGAGGCAGACUAUGGCGUCAACCGCGACGGCUAUUACGAAGAGCAUGACUUGGGCUCGCCGGAUAUGAACUCAGGACCUUACGGUGGACAUGGGUACGGGGGAGGAAGCAUUGGUGUCGGAGGAAUCGAGGAAACAAGAGGGCGUGCUGCCAGCCGCCAACGCGAGCUUGAUUCACGAUACGAUGAGGAAAUGCACGGCACCAAUCCAUUCGGCGACGACACGGCUGAACGCAGCAGCAUGAAGAAUAACGGCUCGCGUCCGACCGUCGACACCACUGGAGGAGCUUCUGGAAAGGCCCCGCAUCACAAGAACCAGCAGAGUCUGGGUGCCCAGUCCGUCGAUUCUCCAUCGGAGCGCCGCAGCAUCUUCCGCGAGGAUAUGUAA